GCAGCGGGAGGACCCGCUCCCCGCCGCUACCACAACGCGGUCAGCACGCAUGCGCAGGUUGCAGUCACCCGGAUUCAAACCAUGGCGGAGGAGGGAGACCAGCCACAAACAACCAACACAGUUGAGGAGCCUCUUGACCUGAUCCGACUCAGUCUGGACGAGAGAAUAUAUGUGAAAAUGAGAAACGACAGAGAACUUCGAGGAAGACUGCACGCCUAUGACCAGCAUUUAAACAUGAUUUUGGGUGAUGUUGAAGAAACUGUUACGACUGUAGAAAUUGACGAGGAAACGUAUGAGGAGAUAUACAAAUCCACCAAGCGAAAUAUUCCGAUGCUGUUUGUCCGCGGUGAUGGUGUUGUUCUUGUGGCGCCUCCGCUAAGAGUUGUUUAAACACAGCCAGCUGAGCGUUAUGGACUAAAUUUCAACCUGGGAUUAUAUCUUUCAGUUUAUGGAGAGAAUGCUCUGAUAUUAUUUUUAUAAAAUGUACCUCGACAUUAUGAUGUGACAGAUUCAUACCUGUAGUUUAAUUUUGAUUAUUUACCUGGAACUCUUGAGAAGUAAAUAAAAUAUUUUCAUUUGAUUUAAUAAAAGUUGAUCUUCAAAUGCUACA